AUGGAUGACUUUCGCCAGGCUAAAGACAUAAUUAAUCCUUCAGAACUCAGAUUUAUUAUUAGACAACUCAAUUCAGAUCACUUAAGAGUUUUCCAAAAUGUCACAAAAAAAAACUCUGGCAUAAUGCGACAUUUUGUAAGUGGUACUGGAGGCACAGGUAAAAGUUUUCUUAUAAAUACCAUUAAACAUUGGGUCACAAUAACCUUGAACAAAUUAGUAGAUAUUGGGACUUCCACUGGAAUUGCCGCAUUUAAUGUUAACGGGCUCACUAUUCAUCGUCUUUUACAAUUGCCUGUAGAGCAUAACAAGACAUUGUCUUAUAAACCGUUGUCUAACCAGGUUCUUCAAGUAUUGCGCGCCGACUUAGCUGAUGUAGUUCUCCUCAUCAUUGAUGAAGUAUCCAUGAUAUCCAACGUAACACUCCUUUUCAUCCAACUCCGUCUCACAGAAAUAUUCGACACUGGUGAUCAAGAAUAUGGUUGGUUUGGAAGGAUUCAUAGUCUAGUGUUUGGAGAUUUACUUCAGCUACCUCCUGUGAGACAAAAUCCAGCAUAUGAAAAUUUACAGCCAGAUGAAAUUCGUAAACUUGUCGGUUCUCUCAGUGUUCCAAACUUAUGGAAUCUUUUAUUCACCUAUAAUGAGUUAACGUUGAACAUGCGACAGAAAAAUUAUGCUACAUUCGUCGAUAUGCUACAUCGUAUGCAAUUGGGUGUCGUGACAAAACAAGAUCAAGAUCUCCUAUCCACACGUCUUAUCCCAUUUUCGUCCAAUUCUAAUGUAAGCCGAUUAGAAGAAAUCACAAAAUACAUUUCUUCUCUACUCGAUAGUACAGUAUGCUUACUCCCCACUAAACACAUGUGUGAACAACUCAAUACAGGAAUGCUAAAAACAAUUCMCCAGUCCGAGCUCAAUAUUCUUGCUAAGGACGAGAUCGACUGUCCUCGAUAUCUACAAAAACGAGCAUCAGAAUCUUUAUCAUAA